AUGUCAUCUAAUCAUACCAUAUUUAUAUUAGCAGGAUUUAAAUUUAGUCCUGAGAUUCAGAGUACAGUGUUUGUAGUGGUGCUUUUGGUUUAUGCUUUGUCAAUAUUGGGCAACAUAACCAUAUUCACUGUGAUAUGCUUGGAAAGGUCUCUCCAUACGCCUAUGUAUUUUUUCCUAAGCAGCUUGGCAAUUGAGGAUAUGGGUUUUAUCUCCAGCACUGUACCUAUGCUCCUCUUUAUUAUGGCUACUGGCAAUGGAAGCAUAUCUCAAAAGAACUGCUUCAUGCAGCUUUAUUUCUACAUGUCCUUUGGCUCUGUAGAGUUUUUACUGUUGGCAUUUAUGUCUGUGGAUCGGUACGUGGCACUUUCCUAUCCCCUGAGAUACCGCAACAUAAUCACUGACCGGACAUGUUUCUAUUUGAUUCUAAUAUCCUGGGUAUCUGGUUUCUUUAUGUUCCUCUAUUCCAUUUUAUUACUAUCCAAUCUGUCCUUCUGUGGUCCCUUUGAGGUCAAUCACUUCUUCUGUGAUGCUUCCGUGUUGGUCAAAAUAAGCUGUUCAGACUCAUCAUUUUUUAACACAAUCUUCGCCAUUUCUGCAGCAUCUAUAGUCCUAAUAUCAUUUCUUGUCACUUGUGUAUCAUAUAGGUCUGUCAUUGGUGCAGUAAUGAAGAUUAAGUCCUCAACAGGAAAGAGGAAAGCCUUUUCCACAUGCAGCUCUCAUUUUAUUGCUGUAACAUUGUUAUAUUUAACUGUCAUAUUUCUUUAUGUAAGAACAGCUGGCAGUGUCUCUAAUGACUUAAAUAAAGCAAUUAGCAUAAUCAAUAGCAUCUUGUCACCAUUCAGUAAUCCAUUUAUAUACAGCCUGAGGAAUGAUAAAGUUCAGGAGGCAUUCUGGAAGGUUUUGAAUAUUCACAAAGAGAAAGAAAAUCAACCUAUUCCAUGA